AUGAUGAACCGGAUUCUCUUCUUUCUCUCACUUACACUACUAUUCCACUUCCAUUUCAGCACAACCCUAGCUCAGUCCCCAGCAGCGUCCCCGGCAGUGCUCCCAGUACCGACUGCACCAUCCCCGGUGGUAGCAGCGCCCCCAGUACCGACUGCAGUGUCCCCGGUGGUAGCAGCGGCCCCAGCACCUGCAGGUCCGCCCAACAUCACCAAAAUCCUCGAAAAAGGUGGCCACUUUUCGCUCUUUAUCCGGUUACUGAAAAGUACGCAUGUGGAUGCCCAGAUCAAUUCCCAGCUCAAUAACUCAAACAAUGGCCUAACUGUAUUUGCACCGUCCGAUAAUGCGUUUUCCAACCUCAAGCCGGGCACUAUCAACUCUCUCGAUGAUCUAAAGCAGUCGGAGCUGGUGCAGUUUCAUUUCGUACCUACCUAUAUCUCCACAUCGCAGUUCCAAACUGUGAGCAAUCCAUUGAGGACACAAGCCGGAGAAACCCGUCCCGGUGAGUUCCCACUUAACGUGACCAUCGCCGGCAACCAAUUGAACGUGUCGACUGGUGUUAUGAAUACUAAUGUAUCUACCCCAUUCUAUUCUGACAACCAGAUUGCUGUGUAUGAGGUGGACAAUGUGCUUCUUCCUUGGAAAAUUUUUGGUACUCCGGUACCCACAGCGGCACCGGAACCGGCACCAGUACCGUUGCCGCCGCCGGCAAAGGAGAAGGCACCGACCACGGUUAGUACUCCAAUUACACAAAACGGUGCAGUUAGUCUCACCAUGCAUGGAAUGGUGGUGACUAUUGGAGUUGUUGUGGUUGAAUCAUUUCUUCUGUAACUAUAGACGGUACGUGAUGAUUUUGCUGAUUCAGAUCGAACGGUGGUGAUCGACGCUGUUAGUGCGUCCGAAUAAUUGUAAUAUGUCCCGAGUCUUAACUGUAUGACGUCAAUAAUUGAACUAUGAGGUUCAUUUUUUUUUCCUGGAUUAAUUUUUCUUUCAUUUACAUGAGUUCCCUUGUAUUUUUUUGUUCUUUUCCAAUGUCAUGUAAUAUGAGAUUGUGCACGCGCUUUCAAUC